UCAGCUCGUGCAGCCGUGACAUUUCUCUAAAAAAGGAGCCUAAAAAAAUAAACAACGAACAUGAGUUCUAUAUGAAAACGUUUAAAAUAUUUAGUAUUAAAAAUCAUGUAUUUAACAUGGGAUAACUAAUGGGUAAAGAGGACAAAAUAUUUUCAGAACCACGGACAGCAGCUAAACAGUCAACAUGAUCUCAACGCUGAUGAAGGAUCGCGUGCACGUGUUCGUAACUAGUUUGACAUCUGAAGUGACGGACAAUAAGAUGCAAGACACGACUGCAACUUUGCCCACGGCAAGUUUUCUGGAUAAUGAGACCAGAUGCGGCGAGCAGAUCUUGAGUUACGGACACGUUGAGAAAGUGCUCAUCGGAGGGGUUCUUACCUUGCUCACUUUCCUGACAGUUUGUGGAAAUUUGCUGGUGGUCAUAUCGGUGUGUUUUGUCAAGAAACUGAAGCAGCCUUCAAAUUAUUUAAUCGUUUCUCUGGCUGUUGCGGACCUGUCGGUGGCAGUGGUCGUUAUGCCGUUUGUCAGCAUCACUGAUCUCAUAGGUGGACAGUGGAUCUUUGGCCGGGUUUUUUGUAACGUUUUCAUCGCCAUGGACGUAAUGUGCUGCACCGCUUCAAUAAUGACACUGUGUGUUAUAAGUAUAGAUAGGUACCUGGGCAUCACUAAGCCACUGACAUAUCCCGUGAGACAGAGCGGAAAGUGCAUGGCCAAAAUAGUGCUGUCUGUAUGGCUUCUAUCUGCUUCCAUCACCCUUCCCCCAUUAUUCGGAUGGGCUCAGAAUGUCAACGAUGAUAAGGUGUGUCUGAUCAGCCAGGACCUGGGUUACACCAUAUACUCUACAGCCGUGGCUUUUUACAUCCCCAUGUCUGUAAUGCUCAUUAUGUACUACCGGAUAUACAGGGUGGCAAAGGUGAGCGCCGCCAAGCACACUUUUGCCAGCUUUCCCAAAACCGACGACGAGGACAGCGUCAACUGCGUGACCGCGGCCCUGAAGCUGCAGAGGGAGGUGGAGGAAUGUGUGAGUUUUUCUCGCCUUCUCAGAAAUGAUCGUAAAAACAUCUCCAUUUUCAAAAGGGAGCAGAAGGCAGCGGCCACUUUGGGGAUCGUCGUGGGAGCUUUUGCCGUGUGCUGGAUGCCCUUCUUUCUGCUCUCCACCGCACGGCCGUUCAUCUGCGGGGUGCAGUGCAGCUGCGUGCCUCUGUGGGUGGAGAGGACUCUGUUGUGGCUGGGCUACGCCAACUCGCUUAUCAACCCCUUCAUAUAUGCAUUUUUCAACAGGGACCUCAGGACCACCUACCACAAUCUUAUUCGCUGCCGAUAUCGGAACAUCAACCGGAAGCUGUCUGCGGCCAGCAUGCAUGAGGCUUUAAAAUUGGCUGAAAAACCUGACCUGGUGAUGUAGGCUGGUUUCACGGAUCAUUGAGACAAGGAGAAACGGGACAUUUUUUGAUGAGACAUUUUCAGUCACGUCAGAGUAAUUAAGUUCACAGACUUUUGUAAAAUGUUUUAUAAAUAAGAUCUUUUCUGUGUACAAGCUCUUUAUGAAGAAGAAAAAAUUACAAUCCGUAGUAGUCUUUUUUUUGUAUACUUAUAUUUGUAAUUUAUACUCAAAUUAUAUUUAAGUGUUAUAUUUAAAUUUAAUUUACUGUGUAUUUACAGUAUGUGAUGUUUAUGUGUUUAUAUUAGAGGUAAUACUAAUCUUGUUUUGAGGAACAACCUACAUUAUAAGGUAAAAAGCUGUUACUGGGGCGGUACCCUUUCAAAAUGUACCUAUAGCGGUGCAUUUUAGUACCUCAAAAGUAUAUAUUGGUAUAUCAAAUGUACAAUAUUGUCUCUAAAUUGUACAUAUUACAACAUUUUGAAAGGGCAUCAUCCUAGUGACACAGCAGCAUUCAUGGAUGUAAGAAUUCUCGAGUUAUAGACAUAAAUAAUUUAAAGGCACAGA